AUGGAUACGCUUGUUCUGACUCUUCUUCUUGCAUGUCUACAACUCCAGAAUAAUGCAGUUACAUCAGCUACAGAUUUCAAUUGCCAAAAUUCAUUGAUUUCUGAGAGCUGGAGGGAGGUAGUUUUGAAAACCAUCAAUGAUUUGCGGCGAACAGUAUCGAAAGGAGAACAAAAAGGUCAAGGAAAUGCGGAUUUGCCGAAAGCUAAGGAAAUGAACGAACUGAAUUGGGAUUGCAAUAUAGAAGCAGCAGCUCAGACCGCUGCUGCGGAGUGUCCUGCUAAUCCUCAACUACCCACAUACACUGCUGCAGGAGCUGCCACCUAUAAAAUCGGAUCUCUGAAAGCAACAGCUACUGUGAAAGCCAGUUGCGAUGCCACAUCAACAACAAAAGAUCUUCUGAAUACAGCGUGGAAAGCUGCAGUUGAGAAGCAGGCAGAUGAGAAGGCAGUUGCAGACAACACAGCGUUCAGUCUGAUUGCUCGCGACAAAGCUGAUGCAUUCGCAUGCACAUAUCAAGUCUGCAAGUCAGAAUUCUACUUGCUCUGUUUCUUCAACCAAGAAGCUCCAGCACCAGGUGCUGACGUGUACACCAAAGAAGCUGCUGACUACUGCACUGGGCAGAACUGCAAAUGUGUGAACGCACUUUGUCAAACAACUUUACAGCCAGCAAUUUUCACAAGCACAAUCUGUAGUACGUGCGAUGGAGAGUUCUCAGACAAUGUUAGGCUUACUGCAUUAGACAAGCACAACUACUACAGGCGUCUUCUCGCUACAGGAUGGGCGAAAUAUGGCACAAACUAUGCGAAACCAGCUACAAAAAUGAUUGAAUUGCAAUACGAAAAGACGCUUGAGGAUGACGCGAAACAAAAAAUUGCAAACUGCCCCGACGGAUUAGCUGCUGCAGAUCAAGAAAACCUUUGGAUGAAAGAUGGCACCGGAUUCGACACACCAUUUGAAGACGCUAUGAAAAUGGCUGUGGAUGAAUGGUGGGCACCUUUUGAGAGCACAGGCUUCGGAGACGACCUCAAGAACACAGCAGCCCUCAAGACCGCCGCGUACAUAUCAUAUGAUGAAGCCACCAAGAUUGGUUGUGCUGUGGAGUCCUGUGUGAAAAAAGGUCGCCUAUAUAUCCUCUGCAAAUAUGACUCGGCACCAGCUAUAAAUGUUGUUAUCUACGCAUCUGGCAAUACCUGUUCAAAAUGCAGUGCUACCGCGAGCACUAAGAAGUGUUCUACACUCGGCGGAUUUAUUUUUUGUCGUACCGAAGGAAAAUUCUACAUUACACUGCUUGGACGGACAUCGGAUGGAUAUCGACGAAAAGGUACCAAAGGAACGCUUCAAACAGCGCUCGGACAAAGUGAACGGCGUCCUCCACGAGCAAGGGAGAAACCGUGCAAAGUGAUGUCGACUAAUCCGUCAAAUGCUGUGGAGGAAUGGUGGGCAAAUUUUGAGAGCAACAAUGGAUUCGGAGACAACCUCAAAUACAGUGCAGCAAUUAAAAAUGGUGAUCUUAAAUACGCCGUAAAUAUAGCACAUGACCGAGCGACUGAAAUUGGUUGUGCUGUAGAAUCGUGCGCAAAACGUGGUCGGCUACAUAUUUUCCGCGCAUACCGACAAGCAACUCUUCUUUUUGGUUUGGUUAUCCGUAAGAAAGCUGUAGCAUCAUGA